CUGGACACGACCGUUUCCUUUCCUUCUACUUCAGUACUUUGUAUCACAAUUGUCUCGAUUACCUCCAUGAUGUCAAAACAUUACAAUAACAGUCAAAAGUUUUUCUUUAUUAGCCGUGUGUAUCUAUCGUGGAAUUUAACAACAUCUAUUUUCUCGCAUCGAGUAAAACGAUGACUAUAACAACGUCAAUUAGCAGCUUGGGACGUGUAGUCCGUUUUAGUAGAUACAAAUGGGCUUUUGCGUUCUCUAGUGUACCAGGUAAACUACAAUCCCUAAACGCUGUGAAUCGUUCAAUACACACUACACUUUAUCACUACCACGGGGAAUGUAGUUUUUUUAAUGAGGAAAAUGUACUAUGGGAGGUAAAAGACAGCGAAUUUUGAACUACAAAUCCCAGCAUAUAUCCAACCGGCCCACCUCUUCACUCCCUGCUCCCUCCCUCGACCGCCCCUGUUUUGUUGUUUGGCUAAAGAUGGCGUUAGCGGCUAACACAGGCGAUUGCAUUUUGUUUCACAAAAAAUAUUCAGCCAGUGGUAACAAAACAUUGAUCAAUUAGAGCUUUAAUCCGUCAUUUGAUGUGUAAAAAUGUGUUACAUAGAGAUAAUACACGUCUAUCACGUAGAAUAACGAUUGUUCGGGCUUAUCACGAUGUAGGCCUGUUUUUAAGGGAGUGGACCGGAGCUGUUGGAACUCCAUCUCCCAUCAGCGAGUGCGACGUCAGCGUCCAGUGAUGCUCUGCAGUGUGUACAACAUCUGUGUAAACUGAGAGGAAGAAAAUUAAGAUAAUUGAACACAGAGCCUGCCAAGCAGAGGGACCAUGGCUGCAUCACCUGUUCAAGGUGACUGGAAACAAUCUCAAGCAUCCUCUAGGGAAGGGCACACAUCAUCACCAGAGUCUUCUUUGACCUGGUGCUUGGCUCACCUUUCCAAACCUGGAUCAGGGACUGAACAUCAUGGGCAUGGCAAGGCUGACUCAGGCGGUAGCAGAGAAACGGACAGGAGGUCCAAAAUAUUUCAGUGGCGAGCCCUGGUUGCUAUCCGGACACAGCACAUCAAGGGUGACAAGGCUGGCAUUGCCAGAUUCAGAACUCAAGGUGGCCUCCGGCCCCUGUUGGACCUGCUCAAACGCACAGAGUGCUCCAGGAAAACACUGGACCUGGCUCUGAGCAUCCUGGCAAACUGCUGCACUGAGCUGGAGACACGCAUAGAGGUUCGUAAGCUUGAUGGAAUAAAUAUUGUAGUGGAGAUCCUGAAGGAAAAUGUGGCCCUGGAAACCGUACAGAACCGAGCAGCCCGAGCUUUGGGAAACUUGGCAAUGGAUCCAGAGAGCUCUGCACUCAUCCACUCUGCUGGUGGUGUUCCUCUUCUCCUUCUUUGUGUUUCUCUUUCUUCUGGCCCGUCCUCUCCCACUGCUGCUCCACCCAAAGAGCCCUGUCCUAAACUGGAGUGCGCCCAGUCGGCUGCUCGGGCUCUCCUCUACCUCUCAGAUACGCCCUCUAACCGCCUGUCACUGCUCACCCAGGGGACCUUAUCUUCCCUCGCCCCUCUCAUCGCACCAGAAUAUCCCGAGGGGCUUAGGCGUGCGGCGCUCAGGACCCUCCACGAGCUGACCCGGGGCUGUGGUGUUGAAUGUGCCAGGGAGGUGUCCCGCUCCGGAGUCCUCGCUCAGCUCGGUGUCAUGGCGUUGGGGGAGUCUGGUAAACCUUCGGAAGAGCUGGCACUGAAAACCCUGGCAAACAUGUGCUCCCAAGGCUGCCUACGCCCUCUUGUGGGGUCACUGGGGGUCAUUCAAAAGUUCACUGAGGAGGUCAAGAGGGACCCACUGAAGUCUGGAGUCUUCCUCAAAGCGCUGUGCUUGUGCUGCAAGGAGGCGGUUAACCGGGCCAAGGUGAAGGAGAGUGGUGGAUUGGAGGUGCUAAUUGGCUUUCUGGCUGCCCAUCAGAGACAUCCCCUUUCCCGAUUAGUCAUCCUGGCCUGCGUAGACUUUGUUUUUGAUGAAUCUGCUAUGGAGCAGUUGCAAGAGUUAGGGCUGGUCCCUCUGCUCGUUGCCCGACUGGUAGAGCUCUCCAAAGGUGAGGAACAAUCUGCUGAGAAAAUGGAUGUGAACCUCUCCUCCAGCAUGUCUCCCACUGAGCUCCUGCACUCAUCAUAUUUCGACUCCUUUGACUUUCCUCCUCCUCCUGAGGGCUGCAAGAAGGAAGAAGCUGGAAAGGAGCAAGGUCUAUGUUCAUCAAGCUUUUUAAGUCUCAGGUCCUGGUUGGUGUCUGAGGGAUUGAUCUCUUCAGAGGGGGACCUGCUGGAUUCCUCUGGUGUUGAAGGGGAAUGGGGGAGUCUUCAGAUCCCACAAUCUUCUUCCCCUCAAACCUCCUCUCCAAACCCUGAUUCCCUUUCCUCUCUUAAAAACUCUUCUCCAUUCAACUCUACUGCAUCUUCCACUUCUAAAAAAGCUGAUCUGCCUUCCCCUGUGUCCUCAUUGGCCCAGCCCCCACUGUCAUCCUCAUGUAAAAUCACUGAUCCGCCUCCCUCUAGUAGUCCUCAACCUUACAGUGCGCUUACACCGGGUUUGGGGUGUGAGCGCACUUCUUCCACUAUCUCCUCUCCCAGUAAAACCCAACCAGUCUCUCCAUCAAAGUUCUCAUCCCCUCACAGAAGGAGGCAACGUGCUCAUUCAGCAGCUUGUUUGACUAAAGUAACUCUUGAUACCCCUCCUUCUGUGCCCCGCCCGAUGGCUUACCAUCACCCCUACCACCCUGAACCCUGGACACCCGAGUCGCCCAUCCUGCUGCUGCUGUCACGCUUCUCCCACGCCACCGACCCAAGUGCUGCUCUUAUCAGCUCAGGUGUCAUGUCCGGCUUGCUCUACUACCUCACCCAUCACCAGGACCCGAGCGCCAGGUGCUUCCGUAUGCUUUGCCGGCUGAGUUGCAACCCAAACUGUUUGCAGGCGCUGGUCCGAACCGGCUCGGUUGCACUGAUUCGUCACCAUCUCUGUCAGAGAGGGGGAGGAUUUGAGGGAGAGGAGAGGCAGACGGACCGAGUGAAAGCCAAAGUUAAACAACUUGGUUUUGCUCUUCUUAACAAUCUGCGUGUCCAGUGUGAGUCUGGAUUUGGCUCUGGGGUUGUUGCCCAUGUGAUGCUGUCAGGCUCCGAGUCUGACAAGACAAACUGUGCGCUGUCUCUGCCAUUAAUCAGCAGCAACAAGUCCCUGUUAAAGAAACUUCUUCUGGACAGCGGUGGGCUGCUCUUGGCUCUGCAGCCCCUUGGUUGCGAUGGCGAUGAUGUCGAUGAAGACCCUCCCACUGAAUGUAAGAAGUUGCUUUCUGAUUGGUUUAAUUCACCGCAUUCUGGCCUGACUUCUCAGCUCCACUCGCUGUUCUCCUCCCUCCUGAUUGGAUGCCUGUCUACCUUGACGGGUGGCAUCAAAAUGGAGCUUGCCAAAAAACAUCUUAAUCCAGUUACAACAAGGUCAGUCAGUAAAAUUGACAAAGUUUCACCCCCUCCCUCAAAAAGGCCUCGCCUGGCUGACACCUGUCCUUAUGCAGUCUCGAACUUUGACCUCCUUUUGCUGCUGGAUGAUGGGACUCAGGUCCGAGCCAACCGGGAGGCCGUGGCCGGGGUGGAGGGGACAGGCGGGGUCAGCUCUGAAUACUUUUGGGCUCUGUUGAGAGGUGGAUUUGGAGAAGCUAAGGGUAAUGUGGAAGAAGCCAUCCGCAUUAAAGAUGUCAGCACAGGUAUGCUGCUACCAGUGCUGCAUUACCUGCAUGGAUGUCGCUUUACCAAGGACACAGAAACAACAAGGGAAAGUGAUGAAGGAGAGAGGGGAGGGCAGUGUCAGAUCUUGGACAAAUUGGUCCUUGAAGGAUUAGGGAUCUGCCAAAAAGCGAGAGAGAAUAACUCAACAGAAGACUUUGCUUUCCAGAAAACGGCUUUAGGUGAGAUGAUGAUUGGAGCGUGCAGAUUCUUGGUGACUGAGCUGCAGAGAGAGUUGGAGGAUCUCUGUGUGUCUCUUCUCCUAUCCUGCUUCACCAAGACUGCUAGUCGAGCGGCCUCAGGUUCCACUGUGGAAAAGGCUGAAAAUGCUGCAUCUAAAAUGGACCAAGAAUGCAUCUGGUCUGCCGAGGAGAACCUGGUUAAUCGGACAUCCGAGUUAGAGUUGACGGGUUUUGAAGUGCAAACAGAAAAUUUACCAGGACAGACGAAGAAAACACACACUUCCCAGCACCAGACAGAAAUAAAUAAAACCUCAUUAGCUUUAACAGUUCCAAAGGCCAGCAGAGGACUCGAUACAAUCAAAAGUGCAACUCCAGUUUCCAAGUCAAGCUGUGCGUCAGUGGUGGACAAAUCACUGGAUCCAGAAGAGCUGAGGUUAAGACCAAAGAACUUUAAAAGUUCAGCACAGCGUUUGAAAUCAGCAGCUCGGGGCUUAUCCUCAGUAGCCAGUGCAGGAGGUGGGGCCCUGGCUGCACUCCUACCCCAGGUGUACUGGUUUUCCCAGCGGUACAGCUACCCAGCACUGGGUCGGGCCUGCUUGUCUCUGCUGCUGGGCUGUCAGGACUGUCCCCGGCCCUUCUUGACCUCCUCCCUUGCUGGGGAUUGCCUUCGCAGACUUGCCAGAGAGGCGGACUGUAUAGAGACACUGAAAAAGGAUCUACUAAGUCUGACCACCGCAGCCCUGAGCUGAGCGAGGGAAGUAGUGGAGUGGUUGGUAGUAUCAGUUCAGAGGGCACAGAUUAAGUGAGAGCGACUAUGGGGCUUGGUAGAAGCUUCUAGAAAAGUUGCCAUUUUGUUAAUUUUAUAUAAUGUCUGAAAAGUACAAGUGCAGGCUACACAACAGCAUGAUUACCUGAAAAACUGCUGUAUGAAUUUCUUGAGCACACUUGAGAACAAAACUGGCUGUUGAUUUAUUUUCAUAAACUGGAAGCAUACAUUUCAAUUUAGUUUUGAUGUAAUCUGAUAUAAACUGUAGCCCGUCCCAGCAUGACAUAAUUGUAUCAUAAUUUACUAAUGACAUUUUUGGAUAGUGAUUUUUUUUUUUUUGGUAAAAAGUUUAAGAAAUAAGUCCGCAAUGCAUUUGGUAAAUGUCAUUUAGCUGGAAGUACUGGAAUUAUCAGGGUUGGUCUAGAAGCCAGUUGUUUAUUUUGUACAUAAAGAUAAUAUGGAUAAGCGGAUAUACACUGUAUAAACUCCAACUGUCCCAUAUAAAUUUAUGCCACUGAA